AUGAAAUUCAACAGAGACAAGAACUGCACAGCCAUCUGGGAAGCCUUUAGCGUGGUGCUGGACAAGGAUCCCUGUUCUGUGCUUCCCUCCGACUAUGACCUUUUUAUUAACCUCUCCUGGCACUCCAUUCCCAGAGACAAGGUAACUCCACAAACGUCUUUUUUUUUUGCAGACUAUGAAAUUCCAUACUUCCAGAAGAAAAAAAUCACACGAUUUGAGAUCUGGGUAAUGCAUGAAAUUGGAGGACCCAAUGUUCCAGUGAAGCUCCUAAAGUGUGUGGACCACAGCACUCAUCCUGACUGUGCCUUAAAUUCGGCAGCAACGUCUACUCAAAGAGAAAUCCCAUCUCUUUCUGUGGCACAAAGUGCCACACUUAUGAUUCUUGUCUUAGUGGUUUGGCCUCAGAUGCUCAAAUAA